UGGUGUCCCGCCUGGCCUCGCCCUCCGGUCGGACGAUCCCCAUAGGCAGUGGCUCCCGGGGCGGGGCGCGCUGCCCGCUGGCCGCCUCCCCAUUGGCCUUGGCCGGCCCCGUCCCGCCCCCCAACUCCCAAGGACGCCAGCCCGGCCACUUCCGCCACAGAGCCAUGGAGGCGUCCGGGGGACAGGGCGAGGCCGCCAGUCUUUGCUGCCGGGACUGCCGAGGACGCCGUCGGGCCUCCUGCUCGGGCCCCAGGGACCCGCGCGUGCGGCCGCGCGGAACAGUGGAAGCAUUCUUUCCUGGUAUCAUUGCUUUCCUACGGAGAUGUUGGUGUGGAGCAUUUUUAGGAAAAAGGGUCAGCUGCGUGGAGUUGAUGGCACUGAAGAAGUCAGAAAUCCUGAAGGAACUGGAUGAGUAUUACGAGAAGUUUCAGCGGGAGACGGAUGGCGCCCAGAGGAGGAGGGUGCUGCCCUGCAUCCAGAGGGCCCUGAUCCGGAGCCAGGAGCUGGGCGAUGAGAAGAUCCAGAUCGUGAGCCAGAUGGUGGAGCUGGUGGAGAACCGGGCCAGGCAGGUGGACAGCCACGUGGAGCUCUUUGAGGCACACCAGGAGGUCAGCGACAGCACGGGCCACAGCAGAGCUGGCCAGGAGAAGUCAAAAAAUGAGACAAUCACGCAGGCAGAAAAGCCCAACAACAAGAGGUCCCGGCGACAGCGCAACAAUGAGAAUCGGGAAAACGCAGCAAAUAACCACGACCACGAUGACAUCUCCUCCGGGACGCCCAAGGAGAAGAAGGCCAAGGCCUCCAAGAAGAAGAAACGCUCCAAGGCCAAGGCCGAAAGGGAAGCCUCCCCCGCAGACCUUCCCAUCGACCCGAACGAGCCCACGUACUGUCUGUGCAAUCAGGUCUCCUACGGAGAGAUGAUCGGCUGCGAUAACGACGAGUGCCCCAUUGAGUGGUUCCACUUCUCCUGCGUGGGGCUCAGCCACAAGCCCAAGGGCAAGUGGUACUGCCCCAGGUGUCGGGGCGAGAGUGAGAAGACCAUGGACAAGGCCCUGGAGAAGUCCAAAAAGGAGCGGGCCUACAGCAGGUAGUGGCGCCGCUGAACCGCGAGCAGGACCAGCCGGGUAUUUAUUGCGUCGCCGCCUUCGGACCGGUGCAGGGACCGGACGACGUGGACUUUUAAAGACAGUUAGAAAGGAGCCGUUCCUUUUGCAAGGGACAGCCGGGACUCUCUUUGCGUUUCUGCUGGUGCACAUGUGUAACAAGAAAGUGGUCUGUGGAUCAACAUUUUAGAAACUACAAAUAUAGGUUUGAAUUAAACACUCAA